UGAGCGCCCCGAGGGUUUUUUUGCUGGAGACGAGUUGUGUUAUACUACCAACCGUUGUACUGCUAUUCACAGCCUGGCACCAAGGAACCCAAGACCCCCAUUUCGAAUCGCUCUGAACACUUUGUACCUUUCUUUUUGUAGGCUUGUUCAUUUUUCUUGUUGGGCCUAGUAAUCGUAAAACUAGACAUUGACUAUUUAGGUAAACGGACGAAAAACAUUGCUCGCAUUUCAGUCCACUUUUGGUGGCUGAUGCAAGUUUUCGAGAGGAGGCGGUGGCAAAAGAUUUUUUUACCUUCGGGGUUGGCAAGAGAGGUCGUCAGGAAAGUGGGAGCGCCUGAGGGUGAUCUUAGCUAUCGAUUGAAAACUAGAGAAAAUUUCGUAUCGAUUGUGAAAAUAGGGAAAGAGCGCGCCCCUCUAGGUUGUUUGUUCCUUCGGCCAACCGUUAGAGUGGUAGAGUUGUUGUAUCGGUUGUACCAGGAGGAUCGCAGGACGUAGCGCUCCUGCGUGUAGUUGUUCUAAUCCCUUAGCUGGUGGUCGUACUCGAGUGAUUGACAUCACCACCCUCUCUGUGAUUUGUAAUAGGAACUGUUUUUUUUUUUUUCACGACUUGGAUUGGAUUCUGUUUCAACAUGGUGGACGAUGGAAGAAAAGUGGAUCAAGCGGAUCAAGUGAUCACGGAGACGACACCAAUUGUCAAUCCGAGUUUAAAGCUGAAGAUCAAUUUACGUGAUCGUCAAACCAUUUAUGGCAAACGCCAUCGCAGUUCUUCACCAGCCAACAGCAGCGAUUCAUCAUCAACAUAUGGAUCAACUCGGUCAUCAAGCCGCCAUCAUGCAGUCCGUGCCGGUGGCGUUCAGGCUUCCUCGAUCAAGCGAAACCGCAGAGAACUGAACCAACGGCGUCGUGCGGAUGAGGUUGACGAACCCUCACCUCAGACAGAGACUCCGCCCUCUUCGUCCAAUGUAGGUUCUCCAGCGAAGAGAAAUGCAACGGAAACGGACAGUCGUCAUAUGGAAAUGAGAAAAGUACGAAUAGGUUCCGGCGGAGGAUUCUCGGAAGUGUCGGUGACCACCAAGGAAAGAAGGACAAAAUCACUCGAAUCACCUGAUGGAGGCAUACCGACUAGCAAUAUCCUGUUGGUUGACAUGAAUGGCGAUGAAACGCCAAGUUCGAUAAACGAGAACCAAAUUGUUGACCCUUCUGGCUCUCCUCCCGCUUCUCCAGUGGAAAAAGAAGUUAAAUGCGAAGUCGAAAUGAAAAGUCCCAAACUCGAAACCAAACUUGAAACCAAACUUGGUGCUGCUACUAGCAAACUGGUUAAGCGACUGACCCGAGAAGAGCUGGAGCGUCUGGUGAUGGAACAAAUGUGUUUAUCCAUUCGUGAACGUGGCAUCACUGGGGAAUUGGAACGGAAACUAGAAGCGGCCGAUGCCCAACUCGACCGAUACCGUCGCCGUUCCGAAGCUCUUCAUAAGCAGGUGUCUGAUUUAGAGCUUGUAGUUCGAAGAUUCGUACAGCAGUCUAAGAAUCGCAACCAAACAAUCACGCCUCCCAUGAAAAUGACACGUUCCGUUGGGUUGCAAAUCAAUCUAGCUUCUCAUCCUAGUAUUGCACAACAAAUGGCGGCGCUGAAAAAACCCGCUGAAGCAAAACCAGCCGUUUCGAUUGUUCCUGCUGUUACCAUAAGGCCUGCUAGUAAUCCUACGCAAUCAGUAGCCACAUCUGUUGCACCGUCAAUGACAUCACCAAAUUCUUCCGCCAACAACUUGGCUCGAGUACCUAUACCACCCAGCUUCACGAUGCAAUCUCCUGACAUUGCUUCUUAUGUGCCACAACAGGCCGUGCCCCGCUACAGGACAGCUCCGCAGAGACGGGUAGAAGAAGCUCCAAAUUCACCUAAAAUUGCAACCUAUGUCAACAUUGGCGGUAUCAAAUCGAUCCCUGGAGGCGCCAGUGUUGCAAGCAAGUUGCUAAAGAACUCGGUCAACAUCACGCCUGUGGUACCACUAUCGGUGAAACAACAACCUAAUCAAAGCCAACCCAAUCCUGGCACUGUGGCUGCCAUGCUCGCUCGGGCACGAUCGGCUACUACAGGAGAUCUGAAUAAUACAUCUGCCCAGCAGUCCAUACCAGCAUGUGUUCCUAUGGCUCGUUGGUCCAAAGUGCCAGCCUCUAGGGCCACCACGGUCAAUAAAGUUACACUUCCCGGCCGUCUCCCCAACGUCAUUGAUCUUACUGAUGAAGAUUUAGAAAAAGAAAGGGCAGCUGCCGCCGCCGGACGACUUAUUGUCCCUAGACCAAUGCCCAAAGCCUCGCCGACAAAUGGCACAGCUCCUAAUGCAACGUCCAAUGGACUGCCCCGUGGAGUCGCAUUAAAGUCUACUACGUUGAACGGCCGCUCUCCGUUGUCAGCCAGUAAGGCCCCCAUUUCGCCGUCGCCAAAUAUAAAUACCAAACCAGCAUUGACACACCCUGCUCCUCUUCCGCCUGCGCCAGUUGGGCCUGUUAACCCAUCGUGGAAGUCUGUCGCUCCCCGGCCAACCCUAGACAUUAAACGCGUUGCCAAUGGCAUUGUUCUAUCUUGGAAUAUGCAAGGAAACUUGUCUCAUCACGCAGAUAUUGCUUCAUAUCAACUGUUCGCUUAUCAAGAAGGGUCGGAUCCGCCAACAGUCAACGGAAGUGUUUGGAAGAGAGUUGGAGAGGUUAAGGCCCUGCCUUUACCAAUGGCCUGUACUCUAACGCAGUUCCUUGAGGGUCAUCGUUACCAUUUUGCAGUACGGGCCAUGGACGUUCACGGACGUGCAGGACCGUACAGCGAGCCAGGAACCAUUAUUUUGUCUUGAAAUUGACUUGCACAAAGACAGAAUACUAUGCGCGUUUACCUCGGUUUGUAGAGGAUUUCCUAAGGCUGUUGACUUUUGUCAUUGGAUAUCCGACAAAUUACUGCCUAACCUGACCCUUUCAAUUGUUAUUUUCUUAUUCAUGUGUUUCAACCGAUUUUUUGUUUAAAAUAAAUGAAUUGACCAAUUCA